AAACAUCUGACCACCACUCUGCACCGUACCUUCUUGUGGGUACCUCAGCUACGACCACCGAGGGAGUCUUACCACGCCUCAUUAAAACCCGUCCGGUCCAUCCUCAGUCAAGGACCGCCCCUUGAUUUUCUUUACUGAGGUGAGUAACCAACUACUUAAACUUCCAUCACAUAUCUCGCCAUGGCAGACGCCUCGGGAUCCCUUCCUUCGCCGAGCGGUUCCUUGUCCAAGAAGAAAUCCGGCAAGAAGAAUAAGAAGAACAGCCAGAAAGCGGCUCGCAGUGUGAUACCGGUGCUAAAAGAGGUCGAUGGAAACGCAGUUCGUCAAGAUCCGGCCCCAGCCUCUGCUGGCCAGGCUUCCGGCACUCCGUCGAAUCAAAAGGAGAAACAGCUACACACCAAGACUUCUAUACCGGACCUGAAACCCCUAACCAGUGUUGGUGCUACUACCACUGCCAGCGCCAGCGCAUCAUCGGGUUCUAGCAAUACAGCCUCACACGAAAAACCGGCCAAGAUGUCAAACAACGACAAGAAGGGGGUCACGGAUGAGUCCGCCGACUUUCCGAUCUCGGAGCCAGCAACUACCAACCCGGUUUCACCUUCCUCCACCCAAGUCGAUAGUACCGGUAUUGAUUACGCUGAUGCUCUCAAGGAUGGCUUGAAGGAAAGUGGUCUGAAGGAAGGAACGGAGGAAAACGUUGAAGAUCUUCCGGUCGAGGGCACCCGCGAGGAGCCAGCCGAGAAGCCUACCAAGAUGACCACACUCCCAAUCCAUGACAACACAACUCGAGAGAAACCCAGCAACGCAGACCGCGAUGCCGAACGAGAGAAACAAGCCUUAUACGACGAAUAUCCUUCACUGUAUUUCGAGGGCAAUGACAACGAGCUGGCGCAACUGGAGCGUGAUAGAGCCAAUGCCUACCAGGCCGCCGGCAUCAGAUUUGCACCAUUCAACAUACCUUUACAGCGAAGACUUCAGACCCUGGCGGUUCUGCUACACUCGCUGAGUAUUGCCACAACCGUCUCUUUCUUCUUUUUCUUGUGCGCCAUCCCUCUUUUUUGGCCAUUGAUCAUCCCGUACCUCCUUCAUAUGCUGCUUAGCAAAGCAGCAACUGAUGGAGAGUUGCGCUUCCGCUCAGAACGGCUCCGGCACUCUCGAAUCUGGCGCUUCUUUGCGGAUUACUUCCCAGCUAAGCUGCACAAGACGCAUGGUCUUCCCGCUGACAGGAAGUACAUUUUUGGCUAUCACCCCCAUGGCAUCAUCUCACAUGGCGCCUUCGCCGCUUUUGCCACCGAGGCCCUUGGAUUCUCUGAGAAGUUCCCUGGAAUCACCAACAGCCUCCUUACCCUGGACAGCAACUUCCGCAUCCCGAUUUACCGCGAUUACAUCCUUGCCAUGGGCCUCCGCUCGGUUUCGAAGGAGUCAAUCACCAAUAUUCUCAGCCGCGGCGGGUCUGACGGUCACGGUGCGGGUCGUGCUGUUACCAUCGUGAUCGGUGGUGCUCGAGAGUCGCUGGAGGCUCAACCCGGUACAAUGCGCCUCGUGCUCGGCGAGCGGAAGGGCUUUGUCAAGGUGGCCAUGCGCACUGGCGCCGACAUCGUUCCCGUCCUCGCAUUCGGCGAGAACGAUCUAUACGAUCAAGUCAGCCCCAAGAGUCAUCCGAACUUGCACAGGCUUCAAAUGUUUGUGCUGCGAACUCUCAAGUUCACUCUGCCGUUCUUGCAUGGAAGAGGCAUCUUCAACUAUGACGUGGGCCUGAUGCCGUAUCGUCGGCCCUUGAACAUUGUCGUUGGCAAGCCGAUCAGGGUUACACAGAGGGCCGAGAGCGACUUGAAGACAAGCGAAAUUGACCAGCUACACGGUCUUUAUUUGAAGGAGCUGGAGAAGAUGUGGGAGCGCUACAAGGAGGGUUUUGCCCCAGAAAGAAUCGAGGAAAUGCAGAUUCUGAAUUAGGAUUUUGAGUGGAUAAGGGACAGGUGGAGGUGGGUGAAGAAGGAAAGGGAGGAGGAUUGAUACCAUAUGGAUUCCACAUUCAUUAAAAGAGGCAGAUAAGGGGGAGUAAGGAAAUGG